AUGGAUUAUGACAUGUGUGAAAAUUUUAAUAUAGUAAUCAAAAAUUAUCCCGAUGAAUCAAAGAUUACUGAAGAACAUGAUAUUCAUGGUAUAGAUGGUAUUGAGAAAUACUGCGUUGAUGAAGAAUGUAAGACUGAGCUCGAUAAAAUAAAUGCUGCAUGCUUAUGGUUGCUCAAUGAAAAUAUUUCUAAAGGGAUUGAUGAUUUAAAUAAUGAAGAUGUUAAAUCGUUUAUUAUAUACAUUAUGAUAUGGUUAAAUUAUAUGUUAAACCUAAAGAAUGAUGGGAAAAUCACCAACCUAAAUGAGUUUUACACUAAACAUAUAGAAAAUAAUACGCAUUAUACUAAUUGUACAAAUGGUGAUAAUGGUUGUAUUAAAUUAAAAGGAAAAACGGAAUAUAAUAAUUUUAAGGAAAUCAUAUUUAAAAAUAUGGAUUUUUCGAAUAUUGAUUUUAAAGAUAUAUCUAAAUUUUAUGAAGCAUUUAAAUUAUUAUGUAAACUGCAUGAUGAACUUAAUGAAGGCAAUCUAGAAUGCACGAAAUAUUUGGGAUAUGCAAAUAAAAUUGUUAGAAAAUUUAAAGAACUUAAUGAAAGUUCUAGUGUUACUAGAAACACUUUAUAUAUUCAAACAUGGUCUACUUUAUCAACUGAUUAUGAUAAUUUUAAAGAGGACUAUAGUGGUAAUUGUGUGGAUAUUCCAUCGUUUCCAUCGAUAAAAACACCACAACACGUACAAAGUUCUGAAGAGCAUUCUGAACAUGGUUCUGUAGAAAGUUCUGAUGUUAUAUCAUCAAGCUUGUCGAUAGUAAAAAAAUUAAUUUUAGCUUUAUCAAUAUUCAGUGCAAUAACAAUCUUUUUGGGAAUUUUUUAUAAGUGUUCGUUAUUUGUAUUACGGAAAAGAGCUCAAAAACAGCAUUCAAGAGAAAAGCUAAAAAAUAUAAAGAAGAGAAUGAAUCAUUAA